AUGGUUGGGAUAUCGAAUCAGUUCACUCCAACGCCGACAGUCAACAAAUACGCCCAUUCCGCUGAGUCUAUGACAGAAAUUGCGAACCUUCCGGCACUUGCCCAUUCUCCAUACAGUGACCGAAGGCGUAGCUCGUCAACAAAAUCCGAUAACCAGACUAUCAACAAGCGAAAACUCACGUUAGACUCAAUUUACGAUCUUCAUCAAAUACCUUGUCCUUUCAGCAACCAGCACAACAAAGAGGAACAUAUUGGGAGUAAGAAAAGACGUUCUUUCACAGAAGAAUCAAGAUAUGAGCUUGAUCAAAUCCCUGAUCCUUUUCAACCUAGAGAACUUCAAAGUGACUACUUAAUAGACGCCUCGUACAACUCAAGACCUACACAGGUCCAAAGCUCCUAUGCGUUUAGUCAGCCGAUCCAUCACUAUCGGAGACGAAAUUCCUCAGAUCUGGAUCGUCAUGACUUGCCGGAACGCGAUCAGAAGACCAUGAACAAAUACGUUCGUUCAGCGCUAUCGCAAUCUGAUCUCCGGAAUGUUCCAUCUCUACAAUCAAACCCUGUUUGUGAGUACUGCGGUCACAAAAGUUCUGGUGGUCAAACACCUACGCACUCCUCCUACGAUUAUAGCGCCUACGCUCAGCCAGCGGUACUACCUCCACCACCCACGUACAUGCCUCCAUCAUGGAUUGGACCUCAACAAGGAAAUCCAUACGCUUUUUAUCCUAUGGCAUACCCGUGGUAUACGUAUACUGCACACCCAAUGUAUCACUUUGGCUCGCCGUACUACCCUCCUUACUUCAGGCCUCCACAACGUUCGGCUUCAGAACCUAGCGAUGUGAAUGCAGGAAUGGACCAAGCCAGAGUUUCAGAUUUCUUUGAGCCUGGAAGCAUCCAGGGACAACGACACCGUAGACGGUUCACUCCAAACAACGAGACGGUUAAUAAGAAUCUCCGUGGUGCUGAUUCCAUCGCGGAGUUGGAAAAAGUAGACGUAGAUUUCGAACCGAAGCGCAUGCCAUCAAACGUAUCUCAUGGUAGCCCUAACGAAUAUCGUAUUCGUGACUUCUCUGUCGACUCUAUUAGAGACAUCAACGCUCUACCUUCAAUUUCACAGAUGUCGUUACAGCAAAGACCAUCAGCAGCGUCAAUACGGGUAAACUGCUUGUUCCUGCUUCGUCUUCAUAAUUCAUCGACACACUUUAGGCUUCAUUUAAAACUUUGUUCGAACAGGAAAGGAGCACCCGUGGCUGCAUCUUGUAUUUUACAAAACUGUAUUAACAAUUUUGUGAAUAAAUGUGUUGUGAAGAUUUUUGAGGACAGAAUGCUACUUUCUACAACCACGGACCAAACCUAG